UUCUGACAACUAUUUAGCAACUGAGCUCAGCUAAAGUUUCCAAAAAGUUAGAAUAACUUCCUCUCUCCAAGACCUCAAUUUUUUUUUUUAAAAAUUUUUUUUUUUUUUUUUUGCACAACCCCAGUCCUUGAAAUAAGAGCCCUUCAAGCAACCUGGAAAACGUUUGGUCAGCAAAAAAAAAAAAAAAAAAAAAGAAAAAAGCAGCCCUCCUGUUUUUCCAAAGGAUCUGUCUCAGGAAUUUAAAGCACAUUUAAGACACACACACACUCACAUAACAUAAGGAGGGGGGGAAAGUCUCUUCCCCUCCCCUUCUUGCAGAAAGCAUGGAAGAAAGCUCCAGUUCUCCUGUUUCCCCUGUGGAUAGCUUGGGGACCAGUGAAGAGGAGCUGGAAAGGCAGCCAAAGAGAUUUGGCAGGAAGAGAAGAUACAGUAAGAAGUCCAGCGAAGAUGGCAGCCCCAACCCAGGGAAGAGGGGGAAAAAGUCCAGUCCCAGCUCCCAAUCUUAUGAAGAACUACAGAGCCAGAGGAUCCUGGCCAACGUCAGGGAGAGGCAGAGGACUCAAUCGCUCAACGAAGCUUUUGCUGCCUUGAGGAAAAUCAUCCCCACUUUGCCCUCUGACAAACUCAGUAAAAUCCAGACCCUCAAGCUGGCAGCGCGGUAUAUAGACUUCCUCUACCAGGUGCUACAGAGCGACGAGAUGGACAGUAAGAUGACGAGCUGCAGUUACGUGGCUCACGAGAGGCUGAGUUAUGCCUUCUCCGUAUGGAGGAUGGAGGGAGCGUGGUCCAUGUCUGCGUCCCACUAGCCACCGCCUGGGCCAGGCGAGCCCAGCUGCCGAAGGGACUGUCCAGUGUCUGAGGCUGAAGUGGAAUUGGGAUGUCUCCAAGUUUGUAGCUUCUGAAACCUUAACGACCUCAAGUAAACUGGUCCAAAAGACCCCUCUUGACCUCCCUCGCUCUGAACUCUUGCGGAGCACUUAGACUGAGCAGAAAACAGCACCAAAGCUAACGGUCUGAAAUUUUGCAACAUCUCUCCCCAAGCGACUGACCAAAGAGAAAUGAGAAGCAACAUUCCUGGUUGUUCGUUGUUGUUGGGUUUUUGUGUGUGUCUUGUCUGUGUGUUUGGUUUUAUUUCUUUUUUCUUUUCUUUUCUUUUUUUUUUCUGAAAAAUCUUAAUUCAGGAAUACAUUUAUGAGAAAUCUUUGGGUUCGAAUUUUACUUCCCCUUAGCUGUAUUCUUUCUGGGGUGUUUGGGGGGGGUGUUUGUCUGUUUUUUUUUAAAAUUCAAAGCCUGAUUUCUUGUACAGUAAUGUCAAAACUGGACCAAGGCUCUCAGAAAAAAAAAAAAAAAAAAAAGAAAAAAGCCCACCAUGUCCCCAGCUCCCUGCAUGAUUUGUUUCAAGUACAGCCUGGAUUACAGAGUGCCCUCCACACUCUACCGCCUCUUCCUUAUUGCUCCAUGAUUUGCUACCGCUCCCCUCUCCCCCCCUUUUUUUUUUUCAUUUUCUGUUCCAGUGUAUAUGUUGCUUAUUUGUUUUAUUUAUUGAGAUAUUUUUAACGAGCUAAGAGACUGCAAUGUCGCUGUGUAUACUGCUUCUCUUGCCAAUAAAAAUAAAG